AUGACUCGCCUGAACCCUCCUCUUCCUAAUCCCAAAUGUACACCGCAUGUGUGGGAGUACGAGAAGAUCCGUCCUAGUCUUCUUCAAGCUGGAGAGCUCAUUACCGAAAAACAGGCCGAACGCAGAGUGUUGAUGCUUGUGAAUCCGUCCAGAGAUGCUCCUUACACCACUGACACGAUUUAUGGGGGCCUUCAACUAGUCAUGCCAAACGAAACAGCGCCAGCGCAUCGACAUACUGCAUUUGCCUGUCGUUUUAUUAUCGAAGGGGAAGGUGGAUUUACUGCUGUACACGGUCAGAGGAUCCAGAUGCGGCGCGGAGAUGUUAUCCUGACCCCUACCUGGAACUGGCAUGACCAUGGCAAAGACGGCUCUGGACCGAUGAUUUGGCUAGAUGGUUUAGACCUUCCUAACUUUGUCCAUUAUCCCGUUCAUUUUGUGGAACACUAUGCCGACCCACGAUAUCCAGCGAAAGAUGUCGACUCCAAUACUUCUCCUAUAGUCUUUCCAUGGGAGCACAUGAAAGCCCUAUUAGACGCCAAAAGCGAAGAUUACAACAUGGAGAGAUACUUGAAGUCGGAUGGGUCUGAAAUUAGUCGCACUUUAGGCGCAGCUGCUAUCCGUAUAUCGGCUGGAAAGUCAACCAAAGCCAUUCAAGAAACUGCUUCAGCAAUCGUACAUGUCAUCGAAGGCAGAGGAAAGUCUUUGAUAGCAGGGAAAGAAUACACCUGGCAGCAAGGUGACACAUUCUGCAUUCCAGCAUGGCACAAAUAUCAGCAUUAUGCAAGCAGCAAAGGCACUGUCUAUUUGUACAUCUGUCAUGAUCAGCCGAUGCUGAAGUCGUUAGGCUUCUACAGGACAAGUGAUGAUGAUAUCGAGUCCCUGGCAUUUCGUUGAUUAGAACCGUACAUAGUGAAAUUGAAUUCUAUUUCAGCUCUA